UUCGCUGCAGGUUGGACUGAUUUUCAACCCUAUUCACAAUACCUAAAACGUAACCGUCACCGACGAAAAGACAUUGAAUAAACAAAAAUGGAUAAACAGAAAUCGAAGAAAAAACGCAAAGCUUACUAUCGAAAGUGUGCAGCAGCUUCCAAGAAAUCACGUGUCAAUGACUCAAAUAAUAAUUCUCAGACUUCUGUACCGAGAAAUCUGCAGCCCGGUAUGACUGGUUAUAUAAUGACAUACAACCAACGUGAACGUUUAGCUCAUAUUGAAACUUAUCGUCUAUUGAAUCAUACGUUAGAUGAAAUAUCAGGCAAAUGUGAUAUAUCAAAACCUGAAAAAACCGGAGAAAAUGAAAAUCAUGACCCAGUGGAUCCAGUGGACAGCGCAUUGGCGGAUUCUGAAUCUACUAGAGUAGUUGCUGAUGAAAAGAAUGAUGAGGAUGUAGAGGAUAUAUACACUGAGUUGCUUCGUGAAAAUUGUUCGACAAAUCUGAAUAGCUCCGGAAAGAAGUGUUCUUUUUAUCCUGUAAAAACGCAUAUCAGUAAUUGUUCUUUUAUUCUGCAUCAAACGGAUAUAGUUUGCCCUGCAGAACUUUGCCAUCGUCUGUAUCAAAGAUUGCUGUCAUCUAGCGAUGCAGAAUCGCGUCAUGUUCUUCGCUUAAUGCCUGUUGUAAAUACUUGUCGCUCAGACCUUCCAGCACUGUAUAAUUGUCUACAGCAAGUGUGGUCGCAAUUCCUUGGCUUACCGUCAGAUGGGCUGAAUCCUAAAAAUACGGAUUCGCCGGAAUCUGAAAUUGAUGCUCCUUUAGAGGAAACGUGUGCUCAGAAAAGUUGUGUAACAGGUAGUGAGAUCUCCACUUCCACCUUCCAUGUACCAAAGCAAACUGCAGGUGAGAGUACUUUGAAAGGACCGAAAACGUUCAUGAUUAUUUUCAAAGUUCGUGGCUAUAAGGCUAUUACUCGCGACGACGCAAUACAUGCCACAAUUAAAGCAAUCAAGUCAGUGGAUUCCUCAUGGGAGAUAUGCAAUUCAUCACCUUCAGUUGUAAUUUCCAUAACUGUUCUUUGUAAAAUAACUUGUAUCAGUUUACUUGAAAAUUUUUUUACAUAUCGCAAGUAUAAUGUUGCGGAAAUUUUUACACCGUCAACUGUUGUAGAUAAGACUGAACAGUCAUAAUAUAAGCUCUGUAAAAGUC